AUGCGAACAUCGUGAAAGUAGUAAAUACCCGCACGCGAGAGUACCUGUUGGAUUUACAGGGAAGCGCAAACCUGGGGAAAAACACCGGAAACAAGACACAACUAAACUAACGAAAAGGGGAAACACAAGGAACCUCUCUGGAAUUUCUCUUUGGGUGUAACUUUUGCCCUCAGACCGGUAGUUGAGUCUCACAUCGGGGCCUCUGGAAACGAUGACUGGGUGAGGAAUGAACGCGACUUCUCGCGCGACUGACGGUACCUCAGAAAAAAUAAGUGUAUCGUUUGAGCGGCCGGCGACUUAAAAGGAGGGACUUCGUCUCGCAGACCAGGAAUAAUGGUUGUGGACUGGAGGGUAUGAAAGUGCCAGAGUUUGCUGGAAGCUAACAGGCUAUUCAGCCACACCCUCCCGCCGCUUCCUGAUACGCAAGAUGUAGCGGGAGACUACAACCGACGCGCGAGAGUCUCAAUAGCGAACGGAGUUCGUUAUCGUCGCGGAAACCGCGUUAAAACUUUCAGCCGAGCGUUUAAAGAAUGGCAAGCAAAAGCGAAACUAUCUGCCACUGGACAACCGAAGCUUUCCUGCUGGAGAGGGCGUAUGGACAAUAGAUAUGCAUAAGGAACUGAGUUUGCCCACAGAACUUGGAUUGUGUAUGAAAAAGAAACGGCUGAAAGUCGUUCGGGAACGUUUUAUGAAUUUCCGAGGUGUCCUGGGAUGAUGGUGCAGUGGCGGCGGGGCGCCUGCGCGUCUCCCGCUUCGGUCGGCGGGUCAGCAAGACGGUCAAUAUAUCAUCAGCAGCAUCACAUCGCAGCAGGACAUGUAUUUAAAUGCAUGUAAUGUGCAUGACACGAAGAAAAGUAGCGAUUCUGGAAGUCAACCUGCACUUUGCCUUCGUCUGGGCAUCUUCUUGUACAUGGCACUGCAGAAGCCUUUUGGAGAAAAGAGUGUUUUUGGUUUCUUUGCAUUGUUGGAGCGACAUUGACAACCUGUGAAACUGAUCAGACUGUAGCUUACCUUAUCGGAGGUAGUUGUGAAUUCUAUUCUAUGCUCGUUUUUCUCAUUAUGCACACCUAAAAGCUGAUUAUUUACACAUUGGGCAAAUCAUUUGAAGGGAUAUUUAAUUAAAGCUCUCAUCAGCACCUUUUUUUUAUCCAAAUAUUUUCCUAAAGUACUUCCCUUAUUGGUGCAUUGAGUGAAGUUUCAAAUUAUUUUGAGUUUUCAAAGCUGAGUGGAGUUUUUCUGAAGGACGUUAUUGGCCAGUUUCACUCUCCCUGAGAAGGUGCGGGAAUCUUUUUUUUUUAUUUACUGAAGAAAAUGACAUAAAUCACAAGAGAACGUAUGUUGUGAUCUUUAUUUUGAACAUUAGCGCGACCACACUACUAUGGCUAGUAGUGGCUCGGGAAAAUCAGAUGAGGUUUCUACCAACAUCCUUAGCGGAAGCUUGCAACAAAGGAAAAGACUUUCAUCCAUCUGUGACGCAUGCAAGAGCAAAAUGCAGCUGGUGGCGGAGCUGCUCCUGCUGUCCAGUGAGACCAGGCCGGUGGUGAACACCGACGGGAUGCCUGUAGCAGAGACGUUCGAGAAAUGUCGCGACACGGUGAUCGCGCGAACCAAGGAGCUGUCGAUCAUCGUUCACGAUAUCCAGAGCCAGCUCAACAUGGGGAAGUUCGUGGAAGUCGGCGACCGACUGGUCGAGAUGGGGGACCUAGUGGUCUCUCUGACUGAGUAUUCGGCACACGCCGCAUACCUAGCAGCCGUGGAGAUCCCAGGUUCCCAGGCUGCCGUUUCUGGCCUGGUUGACCGCUACAAAGUCACCCGAUGCCGACACGAAGUGGAGCAAACGUGCAACAUUCUCCGCUUAACGGCUCUGGCCGACCUGACGCCGCAGCUCCUUCUGGAAGUCUCGCAGAACAUCCUGAAGAACCUCACCACACUUACGGAUGCCUCCUCUCUGGCCAGUGAUAAAUCCAAGGACAAGUUCGCCAAGGAGCAGUUCAAAGCCAGCGUCAAGUGCAUGAGCACAAGCGCCACGGCUCUUUUAGCAUGCGUGCGCGAGCUAAAGGCCUGCCCGAACGACCUGACCCGCAAUCGCUGCGUUCUUUUUAGCGGGCCGCUCGUGCAGGCCGUGCAUGCCUUGGUGGGUUUCGCCACCGAGCCGCAGUUCCUCGGCAAAGCUGCAACCAUCCCCCCUGAGGGAAAAGGGGUGCAGACGGCCAUUCUGGGCGGCGCCAUGAGCGUGGUUUCGGCUUGCGUGCUCCUGACCCAGGGCCUCAGGGAUAUUUCCCAGCAUCCCGAGAGCAGCUCCCAGAUGCCCAUCUAUCGGGAGCGGCUGCGAAACUCUGCAUGCGCCGUCUCGGACGGAUGCACACUCCUGUCUCAGGCACUAAGGGAACGAUCCUCACCUAGAACUUUACCGCCAGUUAACUCUCAUUCUGUGAAUUAAAACUCCUCCCCAGCACAUUAUUUUGAAGUACCAAAGAAUCUAAUCAGGUUUAACCCCACAUACGCUCAUAAAAAUAAAGGUUCCAUAAGGAUGAUGAUACACGGGGGCACUUUUUGAGCAAUGUUGCCAUCAACGGGCAACCAGGUGAGACACAGGACCCACGACUGAUCUAAA